AUGGGGGCGACAUCCUUGUACAUUCACCUCCCUUCCUCCUCCCCAUCCGGGCAGGCCCACGCGCCCUUCAACCUCCUCCCGCAGGACUCGAAGCCGUUUAUCCAGUGUGACCCUCCAUCCCCGCAGGAUACCGCCAGCAACUCGCCGCUCGGGACUGGUCGCGGCGAGGAGAGGCCCGCACUGGAGGUGCUGCUGGGGUUCGUAGUCCUCGUCUGCAAGCUCGUGGGGCUCGACCUCGGAAGGCAAGCAACCUCUGCACCGGACGAAUCGACGUCACCUCCCUCGUCCGCCGCAUACCAGCGCGCCCCGGAGGUCCCUGCUGCUCCCCUCGGCGUGUGUGGCUCCAGCACCGUCCCAGGAUUGUCCUACGCCUCGGAGACCCACCUGCGCGGCGACGCAUGCCCAGCAGAGUGUGAGAUAUGUGGCAGUGGACAGAAUCAAGAUUGUAUGGUAAUAUGCAUUCUGUGCAAUGGCUAUCAACACCGUUAUUGCUUAAUGCUGGCGCCAUUGGAAAUGAGAGGUGGAUGGUGUUGCUCUGAAUGCCAAGAAAAGGCUAAUGGGAACCCAAAACCUAUUCAAGGUGGAAGUAAAAAUCCAAUGCUGGAUAACAAUCGCUGGAGCAUGGCCCACCAAAUUGGUGUUAAAACACCGCAGAUAUAUGAAAAUUCUAAAGUGAAAUUCAUUCCCUGUGAAGAGGCUGCACUGUUGACUAAAGAGAGGCCUGCAGCUCGUAGAAGGACAAAAUUUGUCGUGCGGCGUACACAUAGUCAGAUCCGUCCUGUAUCUCCUCCAAACAUGAAAUGCGUAUCACCAAGUAGACAGGUUCGCCCUGCAUCGCCUCCAAAUGUGAAACCAUCAUCCAGUAUGAAGUCCAUACUUCCAAGUAGACAGGUUGGUCCUUCAUCUCCUCGAAGUAUGAAACAGAAGUGUGUAUCUCCUAGUGGGAGUGAUGACCAAGUAUUAUCCUUGAGACCAUGUGUUGUCGCAAGUCAAAACCUGAUAAAAGCUGAUGAUAUAAACAGGAGACAAAAAGUACGGUCAGGGGCAACGAUUCCUAUGGUUCCACAAAAUACAAAACUAGCAGUUAAAGAAAAUGUUCAUCUGGUUCGGCCUAAGGAAGAGAAGGUAGAACAUGGAGAUAAAGGAAAAGGAAAAUCCAGGGUAGAAUGUCAGCCUAGAGAGGAAAAUGCAUUCAAUUCUUCAGUUGCUAAUAUUGGAUGCCAGUCUGGACCAAAGAGUCUGCACCACAAUAUAGACAUGCCAGUGAUCAUCAGCUCAAGUGUGGAGUAUGCACGACGCCCUCCACCACAGGCGAUCUGUUGGAGGGGAUGCAUUGUUCUUUCCAAUGGAGAAAAUCGUAAUCUUGGUGAAUUUAAAGCAUACCACCCAGCUAGAGUAUCACCCCGAGUUUUAAAUAUUGCCAAAAAUAUGUCUAAUAAUCUACAAUUGAAGAUAUUGCCUCGAAUGAAGUACUGGCCAAAGACGUUUGAACAAAUAUGUCCAGUUUAUGAUGAUGUUGCCUUAAUAUUUUUCUCUGCGGAACAUGACUGGUACGUUAUGUUGCGUCAUCAUCUCUUCGAGGCCUACUGUGGUUUUGUCAUGAAAGCAUACAUUGAUGACAUGAUGUUGUUGAUAUAUUCAUCAGAACUUCUUCCACCUGAUGCUCAGUGGAUAGACGGAGAGAACUACUUAUGGGGUGUUUUUGUGAAGCCAAAGCCAAAGAGCAAUCCUGUCACAUGACCUCUUGGUUUCCUUGGCCAUGAUCAGCAAGAGGU